AUGGUGCUUACCCCCAGGGACCCCAACAUACUAGUUACCAAGCCACCCAGGGAAGACAUCAGCAGUAGCCACCCAAUUACCACAUCUCUCUUCAACGACAUGCGUCAGAAACGACGAGAAUGGACUAGAACCAUCGAGAAGCUAAGUGUCUUCGUUGGGAGAGAGAGAUUCUAUAAAAAAGGCCCAAAAAGGGCCACUCUCUGGAAAGCAGCAAUAUACAUGCGCCCACGAGACUCAUACACAAAUAUCCCGCCACUAAAGGUGGGAUCCGAGGAGGUCACCGAAAACAACGCAAAGGCCAGAGUGUUUCUAGAAAUCUUCUUCCCGAAGAUGGCAGACCCAGAGAAAGAAGACCUGGUACUACCCUUAGAGAAAAUACCAUGGCACCCAAUCACAGAACUGGAGGUUUAUUGGUCACUCAAAGCCACCAAGAGAAUGACAGCUCCAGGGGAGGAUGAGAUCAUAACCCUUGUUUGGAAGCAUCUAUGGCCAUAUCUCUGGAAGGUGAUUACCUAUAUCUUUACAAAAUCAGUGGAAUUAGGCUACUACCCCCAUCGGUGGAAGCGAGCGCGCAUCAUAGUGCUGAGGAAAUCCGGGAAGCCAGACUACGGUUCUCCAGAAGCAUACCGACCUAUCUCCCUACUGAACACCCUGGGGAAGGUACUAGAGGCUGUCAUGGCUCGCAGACUGUCAUUCUGGGCUGAGUCCUAUAAACUACUCCCAGAUACCCAGUUUGGAGGCCGGCCAGGACGUAAUACAGAACAAGCGCUCUUAACCCUGGCAAAUGCGAUCGAUCGCGCGUGGCUACAGUCAAAGGUGAUCACGCUGGUGGCAUUUGAUCUCAAAGGGGCAUUCAAUGGAGUAAACGACUCAAGCCUUGAUGCCCACUUGCAGGCUAAAGGCAUCCCAACCGUAGCCAGACGCUAG